AUUUAUUAAAAUGGCACAAAAUACAACAAGUGGACCUAUGUAAAAGUACAAAAUAGUUUUUCUUGGUGACUAAGCUGUUGGAAAAACAUCAAUUAUUAAUAGAUUUAUUUUUGACAACUUCACUGGUAAUGAAUAAGUAUAUCAAUAUAUUCAAACUAAUUCAGCCCACUGUUGGAAUUGAUUUCAUUUCAAAGACUCUCUAAGUUGAUAACAAAUCUGUUAGACUUUAGCUAUGGGAUACAGCUGGAUAAGAAAGAUUUAGAUCACUCAUACCUAGUUAUAUUAGAGAUUCACAAGCAGCCAUCAUUUGUUUUGAUAUUACAAGUAAUGAUCAUUUUAGAUAACAAAGAUGAUAAAUCAUUCCAAAAUCUGCCAAGAUGGAUUGAAGAUGUUAAGGAAGAAAGAGGAGAUGAAGUCUUAAUAUACAUACUGGGGAACAAAAUUGACUUGGAAAAUGAAAGACAAGUCUCUACGAAACAAGCUGAAGAUAAGGCAAAAGUAUUUUCAGUUUGUUAUCUCAAAAUUUUAGGAAUUAGGUGCUUAAUUUUAAGAAGUGUCUGCUAAGAGUGCAAUUAAUGUAGCUGAAUUCUUUAAGAAGCUUUCAUAUGAUUUGUUAGGCAAUCCUGCUGAGCAAGUUCAAAAUUAGCAAUAGCAAGUAUUAAUACAUUUCAUUUUUAGAAACCUUAACAGGCCCCUUAAAUUCAGAUAAAAAACUAUCCUAAUAAUAAUGAUAAUGAGGAGAAGAAACAAGUAGGAGGAGGAUGUUGUUGAACAUUUAAUGAUUAUUCAUUAUUAUGUACAAACAAUUUAUUCAGU